AUGGAGAAAUUUGAGAAACAGAAUCUAUCUAUAUCAGUAUCAAUUUAUAGAUGGAGUGAAAAGAAACUUAUUCCAAUUAGAAUUGCAUCUAAAUCUAAAGUACAUAAUAGAUGUAAUCAUAAAGAAGAGAAUUGUCAACCACGUAAAUUGAUUAGGCUUUUAUUAAUUACUGGAGAUGACCCCAAAACAGGAGAACUAUCUCAACAUUAUUGUUUGAUUCAAGGAAGAGAAGGAUUAAAAAAAUUAGCAGGAUAUAAGACUAAACACAAUGGCAGAUUAUAUGUGUAUAAUUAUUGUGUAAGCCACCAAAUCUAUGACUUCAAGAUUGAUGCUCAGCAUAUGAAAGAUUCAGAUGCUGAAACUCUCUCUACUCUGAUUGAAAAAAAUCAAGAAUUGAAAACGAUAGCAAUUCAAGAACAUAAAGUUAUAUCAUUUGAUUAUAUAAUUAGGUAUAGUGAUGGCAAAACCAAAGCACCAGUAAAAAUUAGAGAUAACAAUCCUGCUGGAGAAUUUAUUAAAGCAAUGGAAAAAGAA